AUGGCGAGCGCAUUUGGCCUGCGAUUGACUCGCAGGCCCGGUUAUAACAGCCGUUGGAUUUGCGACACAUGUCGCUCGUUCCACGUCUCAGCAGCAACUCAAUCAGGCCACAGCCGAUGGUCAACAAUCAAACACGACAAAGCAAAAAAUGACAAGGCCAAGAGCAAAGAGCGGGGAAUACUAACUCAAGAGCUUAUCAAUGCAUCGCAGCUAUGGGGACCCGACCCGAAGAACAACCCUCGUCUACAACUUGCAAUCGCCAAAGCCAAACAGUCACAAAUGCCCAAAGCUAUCAUUGAUAAUGCAAUUGCUCGUGGCCAAGGCGUCACAGCUUCCGGACAAGCUCUCGAGGCCGUCACAAUCGAAGCAAUGCUACCCGGCACAGUCGCAGCCGUAAUUGAAUGCAUGGCCGAAAACAAAGCUCGAAUCCUUCAAGACGUACGAUUCACAAUCAAAGACAACGGCGGUAACGUGACGCCGACGACAUAUCUUUUCGAGAAAAAAGGAAGAUUAGUCUUCGAAAACAAAGAAGGCACAAAUCCAGACGAUUAUCUGGAUCAGGCAAUCGAGGCUGGCGCAAUGGAUAUAGAUACGGACGCUGAGGGGAGAUUGGUGGUGUACACCGAGCCGACGGCAACGAAGUCCGUGGGAGAGGCGUUGUCGCAAGCGACAGGCUUGGUCAUUGCACAGUCACAGAUUAUUUGGGAUCCGAAUAAAGAUACGAUGGUUAAGGUGGAGGAUCCGGAGCAGAUCGAUCAGCUUGAGGAGGUCUUGGCUGCUCUGAGGGAGGAAUCGAGCGUGCAGGAUAUAUUCUUGAACACGACGAUAUAA